AUGGAAGUUAAAACACUGACAGGAAAAGAAGAUGAUGAAAAUAAGCUCAUUCGAUUGCUAAAAUUAAAAUCAGGCCUAUGGCGUGAGAUUAAAAUUUUGAUGGACCCAAUUCGACCAGAAUUCGAACUUUUGGACUCAACAGAACUUGAGUACCACCGUUGGGUAGCAGAUGUGGAAAUUACCUUUGUGGCAAAGGACUUCACCUCCACUAUCAAGCCAUCUGCCGACGCUGCUCCGGCAACUGAGAAAGAAAAAACUAAUGCUCUUAUGUUCCGCAAGAGGCAUAUCAAUCCUAACCUGCGUUGGGGUUAUCAUCACUUGAAGACACCAAAGGAGUUAUGGGAUGCUCUCGAUAGUCGGUUUGGGAACAUUCAUGAUUCCUUAAUACCACAAUUGAACGUCUUGUGGAACGAAAUCCGGUUUCUCGAUUAUGUAAAAGUGAAUGAUUUCCAAAAAGACAUGCUGCAAAUUCAGGCCCAUAUGGACUUUUCUGGAAAGAAACUUACUGAUGAGGAAAUGAUUCAGAAAACCUAUUGA